AACGACAGAGCAUCCUUAAUUUGUCUGCGAUUUGUCCAUAAACCUGAUCUGUGCAUAAAAAAGGGGAUCAAAGAGAAAGGAAGACAAUAUGGCGUCAACAACAAAAGAAGAGGAAACAUCCUCAUGGUCGAAAGCCGAGAAGAAAUUCGAAAAUAAAAGCGCAAGUGAAUAUUACGACCCGUGUCAAGCGUUUGCGGACCGGAGUAUCAGGUGCAUGCGCCGAAAUGCAGGUGACCGAGAGAUGUGUGGUGACUAUUUUCAGGCAUAUCGAGAUUGUAAGAAGGAGUGGUUGAAUUCGCGAAAACUCACCAGAGUCAAAGCAUUUUCAGAACAACAAGCACAACAAGCGCAACAACCACAGCAACAACAAGCAUAAUAUCUCUAUCGAUCUUCGAGGAUACGCAUUCACCCUGAUAAUGCAAGUAUCUCGGAUCCGAUCAAUGGCCAGACUUGAUCAUGUACCAAUUCCAUCUCCAUCAUCGACUCCCAGACCGGGUUUCUUCGUUUUUCUCAUCCCUUAUCUCUAUCCCCAUCUCCCGGCAUGCCCGGGACAGGACGAUCGCCUGGGGGAUUCCCAUUCCCGAUUCAGCAAUCAUGUGCUAUCAUGAAUAUCUCAAAUUUUCUAUCAACACUUGCAUGUUUGGUAAAAUAGGCGUUUUGUUUCGAGUUUAUAGGAAUUAUGUACUUUUACAAUAUAGGAAUAGGAUCUUUGUGU